UCCGUCACCCUUUCAUUGACCACUCGCUUUAGUCUCCUUGACGCUAGCCCUUCCUCCGCCCCACUUUCCGUUACCUGUCGUGGACAGACCCUUCUGCGCUAGAAGCUGACUGUAGAUGUGCAGUGGAGCCAGCCUGUGUAGGGGCGGGGGCUGUCCGUCUGUGUCCUUUAGGAUGUCCGCGUGGGUGGCAUCGGGGCCUUGGCUGGGCUGCCAGAGAACCCUGUGUGUUGGGCUUUGGAACAAUCAUCACCAUGGAUGUCCGUGGGCAAGGACACAGGCCUGCCCUCCUGUCACUCUUCCAUGGGCUCAGGGCCUCAGCCAGGGCUGUGCUCUCCCCUGAGCCUCAGGAGAGAGGAGUCUUGUGAGGACCCUCUUUCCGUUUGCCCUGCAAUGAGGAGCUCCACAAACGCUCCCUCAGUCCCCACCUACCGCUCACAUCCCUGCCGCCUCCCGUCCCUCUUCCCAUCACCUGGGUCCAGAGCCCGGCUGUGCUCACCACUAGCAGAGGGCAGGUUGCAGGUGGGAGAACCAUGCAUCAUCCGUGGGGCCCCCCUGCUCCCUCCAGGCACCCCCCAAUGCCCUGAUCGUGGGCCAAGCCAUGCAGAUGGGGGCCCCUCAGCUUCUGCCCUGGGAGAUGUCGGGAAAGGCGUGUGGCCAGCCAAACCCCGAAAUGACCGCCCAGCCAUGAGAGGUCUGGACUGGAGAUUGCAAACAGAGAGUGGCAUUUACAUUUUUAGUUAGUUUUUGGUGUUUAUAUACGUAUGCGGCAUUUUCACUUUUGCCUCUUGAUCCACCAGUGCUCAAAUAUUUGUCACCUGGCGCUCGGAGACAGUUUGCCGAGCCCUGGUCUGGAUGAGCACAGUCCAGGAGGUACGCAGCAUGAGUCCACCUGUCAUUGAGAAAGUCAAGAGAAACGUGAACUUAAGCUAAUACUAUUAAUGCAGUAUGUACAGAGCCUCCGAAAUCACAGAAGUGUUUUACUCUCCUCACGGAGUCUCUGGAAGCAGACGCGUGGUUCGUGUCUGUGGCCCACGUCUGUUCCGAGCGGCUGCGCCGCGUGCUCAGCAGGCGCCUGACCUGACCUGUCCGGCCGGACGGUGAGCGCGGCUCGCAGCCUGUGAUAGGAGCCCGGCUGGGCCCUGGGGGAGCCGGUGGGAGCCGCUUCGGGGGCCCUAACUCAGGCGCCUGGGCGGCAGGAGGGGCUGAUCUCACAGCGGCCCUGGCUCCGCACAGUGAGGCAGUGGCCCCCUGCCUGGACCCGUCCGAGGGGGUGCCACCUGAGGGACGCAGCUGGUCCCUGUGGUCAGCUCAGGCCCGGCUGUGGGACGUGGCCCAGGUAAGAGCCCAUCCCGGGCAGAAGGGCUGUGACUGUCACAGGUCUAGGACUGGUUUUCCGUCCUCAGUAGGAGACAGCUGUUGGAGCUCACGGGGUGGGGGUGGGGGGGCAGCCCCUCCGGUGUGGUCUCCUUGCUCCAGGUUACGUCCCGGUUGCACGGGCUUUAUCCUCUCCACCGUGGACUCAGACACUCCCUCUCCUCUGCCGGGCUCCCACAGAUUCCAGCUUGCCCUACAAACAGCAUAGAUGAUGGGGCUGAGACCAGACUUUGGGAACGGCAGGGGUCUGCGUGUGACCAUCCUGGGUCCCCUCCAAGACUGCAUCACUCUGACAGGGGCCAUCUGGGCUGAGGACGGACAUUCACUCCGGGGCACUGCUCCCCAUCACAGUGGAAGAUUUUGCAAGAACGGGGUUCCAGGAUGUGAGAAGCACAGUGUUGACAGCUGAAGAAACAUUUUAACUUGCCCCAAGUUGCAGUGAUCUGCCAUGUGGAGGAAGCUUGGCCGUGAGAAGAAACCUGCGUUUGACAAUUUCUCUAUAGAGAUCUGGGUGUGGAUCCUUUUUUUUGCCUCUGAGGUGGGCGGUGCGAGACAGGACCAGUUGUCGGAGGCCGGGCAUCCCCACUUGGAGCAGGCAUGCUGGCCAGGUGGGUGUCCCCACGGGGGCCUCCGCGCGGUGUUCCCCGUGCUGCAUGGGCCUGAGGCAGGAUGCUUCCAGCCAACCCCUGUCAUCACCGAAGGUCAUUUAGAGGACAGCGCUCUUGGUGCUAACAUAAACAGUCUGUGACAGAGCCUGGGCCUUGCUGGUAGGAAGUGGCUGCAGUGCCAUGGCCCCAGGCUCUGGGUGCCCGCUGGUCACCCACACACCACCAGGCCCCGGUCCUUGGGACAGGGAGUCUGCUCUGCCUUCCCGGCGGGAGUGGUUGGCAGUUUCUUGCAGCCCCAGUGGGUGACUCCUGAGAGAGGCAGCCUCCGUGUGUUCACUACUUCCCAGGCCUUGGCCCCGAGGCCUGGCCUCCUUCCGAGCCAGGCUCCCGCGGCCUGACCCCGCCUGGAACACUCGAGGCUUCUCCACUUGUAUUUUCCAGGCAAGAGAACUUUGCAUCCCUUCUUCCCCAGUGUGGACGGACCAUCCAGCAUUUUUACUCUUUAGAAAUGCCUACAAGUGUUGCUGCAUUUUGGACUGAGGUGUUAAGUCAUUGGAAGGGAGGGUAGCGGUUUGUCUGGUGCGGCCCAGCUGCGGACUGUUGGGGGGCUGCUGCUCGUCAGUGCCUUUGUCUCACCUGGGAUGGAGGUCGGGACGGGAGGCCUGUCCACCUGGCUUCCGGAGCUGAGACUCCAGGUCACACUGAAAACCGGAUGUUUACAGUGCAUCACACAUCUCUCCCUCUUGCCCGCUCGCUCGUUUUCUUUGUCUAACUAUGCAGUUCUCUCUGGGGUUUGGGGUGUUUGAGACUCACGUGACCUGCACGGGCUCUGCCUGCGGAACAUGGCACUGGAGCGACUCGAAUCCCUGCGAACAGCGCUGCUCGCAUGCUCUGAGGACAGACCUUUCCUGGCUGUCAGGGGCUGUCAGAGCCGGCGGGGGGGGGUGGCUCAGACGAGCAGCUGACCGCCGCCGAGUGGGGCCGAGGCUCGGGCGUGCUUAGUUUCCAGUGCUUCCGGAGGCUUCUUGCCUGUGCCCUCCUCUUUGCCAGUAACCCGAUGACCCGGGUUCUCCAGCACCCGGACUUACCCCUCCUCUCUGUAAGGUCUCUUGUAUGUUGUUAAAUGUUUGGCCUCAGAUCCAUCGCAAGCGUUCUAGAGGGCACCUUUAGGCCCCGGUGGCCGUUCUGCCGGGGAGCCCGGGGCGGGGCAGCCCCUCGUUGGCUUCCGGGUGUACCUGUGGGCGCUGCUGGCCACGUAGCGUCAUUUGAUUUAUGACCUUGACAUAAUAGAUAGGCUUGUGGUUUUUUAAUUUAAAGAUAUUAAGACUUAAUUUACUAAAAUUUAUUCUAAGGGGAUAUUUAUACUUUUAUACUUUUUUAGGUAUCCGUAUUUUAUCAGCUUACAGUUUAAUGCCUAAGUUUCCCCUGAAAAUAGCAAAUAAAAUUGUGUAUUUAUGAAUGAGAACAACUGUUAGUGUCUCAAGGUGCGUGGAGAGGAGGCUGCCAGAAGCGCUGCCUGGGCUCGUGGGGGGCCCUUCGGUGAGCCGCCCUGUGAGGGGCCUGCAGGGGCCAGGGCUGGUGCAUGAGAGCAGCACGCGCCCGUCUCCCACUUCAGCCAGGCCCUGGGGACAAACAACAUCCUCCAGUGAUAUGUUUAAAGCCCCAAUGCCUGGUCGCGCGGAAUGUGUGCUCCUGUCUUGUCUCACCCCUCCCAGAAGCACCAGGUCCUGGGGUCCUGGGGCACCUCCCCCAAGGCCCUGCUGGCUGUUCUUUGAAAGCUCUGGGCUGCCCCCCCACAUUCAGGGGACAUUCCUGUUCCUGUGUUCCCUGGAGCGCUCCACCCCCCACCCCCCGUGGCUGCCCAGACCCCCAGCCUCGUCCCAGUGUCCAUCCUGCUUGCAGGAGUGCUGCUGGCCUGGCCAGGGCUCCCAGGGUCCUGGGGGUUUGUCCUGCUGGCCCAGGCUGGGGAGCAGGACCUGCUUGCCUGGGGCAGGGGUGGGGGGGCUGCUCAGUGUACAGCCAGGGGCAAAUGGGAAGGAAUCCAAAUCCUGCUUCAAGGAGUUUGCUUCCCGCACAGACUAACUUGGCAUCUUCGAGCUCUGAUGCCAACAGCAAAUGUGAACGUGUCUCCUGUCCAAGCAGAGGACUGGAAGGGAGACAGCACCCAGCCCAGGUGCUGCAACUGAGGGACCUUACUGUGGGUCCGCCAGGGAGGGAGGGAGCCCUGCGUCUUGAACCUUGUGCUGCAGCCUGCCUGCCGGGCGGAGGCAUGGGAAGGGCAGGGCACAGCUCUCUGCACAGCCAGCCCUGUAGCUCCAGGCUCCAGCAGGCAGGACAGAAGACGGAGGUGGGUGCAUGCAGUGUGCAGCUGCUGCCCCCAGCCCGUGUCCGGAACCUUCUGGAGCCCUGCACAGGGGCAGGCAGCAGCCCUGGUCCCCUGGCCUGGCUUCUCCCCCCUGCCUUUGCUUGGUUGUGUCCACCCAGCAGGUCUUUCUGGCCUCUUAACAUCCUCCCCAGAUCGGGAGGCAGGGCUGGCUCGUGGGCCCGGGGUUUCUCCAUCCCUGGGAACCUGUGCCCUCGAGCCGGCCAGGUGCCGAGACUCCGGUUUGCCUCGGAGCUUGUGUGGUCGGCGGCCUGGCUGGGGGCAGACACGGCCCCGCUCCAGCCCCUGAGUUUGGGAGGGAGUCGGUCUCUGGCUUUGACUUGCACGCACACCUGUUUUUCCUCUCCUGUGUGCGUCCCGCCUGCCCUGACUUCUGAGCACCUGGCCUUGGGGUGGCUGCAUCAGGCUUCUACCCCCCAACACACACACACACAGAUGCUCCAGGGCCAGUCCUGCGACCUCAAAGCUAGGGCUGACCCUUGGUCCUUGAGGCCAGAAGGGCCUGGGGUGCUGACCCAGCAGUUUUCCUUCCUGGGGCUCCCACGGGCUGAUCAUUACACGUGCACAGGUGUGGAUUUCCAUGCUCGGCCGCAGUCCCCGGAGAGGCUGGCUCCCUCCUCCUCCUGUUUGACCUGCAGGCCGCUAUGGUUGCCCCAAGGUGGGCUUUUCAGUCUCCUGGUCUGUGUCCGCCUGCUCUCUGACGCCACUGUCCACCCCUGGCAGUUGGCUCUGAGGCACUGCUUGGCAGCAACAUGGAAAGUUGUGUAUGAGCUGCCCCCCUGCCCAGGGUGGGAGAGGGGAUGGUGACAGCAGGGCGGUUUCUCCCCUGUCCCUGUCUCAGCACUCAUCCACUUGCUGUGGGUGUCACCUGCAUGAGAGAAACCUCUCCCUUGAAACCCCUAGCCUCUGCGAGAGUGUUUUCUCUUCCACUCUCUCCAAUGUCUGCCCCUGGUCUUCGCCUGGUCUCCCACGGUCAGUUUUGUCCUGGCCUCUCAACACAGAGGCAGCAGAGGGGCCUCCCUCCAGAGACCACUUAACCUUGAAGCUCCCUACAUGCCAGUCCUGGGCCUGAGGCUUUUUCUACCCCCACAGUGGGAUGGUGGGUUCACCCAGGCCUCUCUCCAAGGCUGCAGGACCCAGGCCAGCCCCUGUUCCCAGCCAGGAUGACCCAGAACUUGUCCCUAGGGCUGCCCUCAGGACACCCGCAGCCUCCCUCUCCCUCCACCCUCACCCCAUCUGGACCUCAGUGCACCCCCCUCCUCCCCCCGAGGGACUUGGACCCAUCUGGUCUGGAGAAGGAGCUCAUCAAGCCACCUGGUCCCUAGAGGGCCACUGAGCAGCCAGCAGGGAGGUGGGGCCCUGGGAGCCUCUGCUAGUGCCUCCCCUCCCGUCCUUCCUGCCUGGUGGCAGGGACGUGCCCAGACACAGUGGAGCACAGAAGGGAAUUCAUGUUUGUUCCCAGUCUGUCCCUGGGGCUGGUUCGCAGCAGGUGCUUGCUAAGUGAUUAUUGAUCCUUUCCAGAAAUACCCAGGUCUGCUUUCUUCCUGGCACCAGGCCUGGGCAAGCUGUGCCUUUGUGUGUGCCAGCGAUUGUGUGCAUGGGUGCGUGUGUGUGUGUGUGCGCAUGUGCGCACAUGUCUGCGUGCGUGUGCAUGUGUGGGACGCAAGGGAGCCAGAGACCUGGCCCUGUCUUCCUAGAAGCCUCGUCCAGUGGAUGGUUGCUGAGCUCACAGGCAAACCCAGAUACCUUUCAGGAAUCGGGCCGCACGAGGGAGCUGGCCAUCCGGCUGGAGAGUGGCCUGCUGUGGACGCACCGGGCCGGCGGCAAGCAUGAGACCGUCUCCCAGGGCAGCCACGCCGGGCAGGCCUGAGCAGAGCUGGAGCAAGCUGGGGACCUGAGCUCUGGGGACCUUUUGUACUGGAUUCCUGGUGGCGACAGGCCACAAGAGGAGGGCUGGGACGAUGGGCGGGCUGCCGAUCUAGGGGGCUGGUGGUGGAUUCUAGCUCAUUUCUGAGUUCCCGGGGAGCCUUGCACAAUCCACUGAAGACUCCGGCUAGUAUGGCCUGAACCCUAAACCCUGUGGAAGGAAGAAGGAGUGGGUCCUGGCCUUGGCCUGGGCAGACGGGCCUGUCCUGCUGAUCUCCAUGGCCCUCAGCGGCCUGCCCAUGCAGUGUGUGGACUUGGGGCUCAUGCUGGUUCCUGCAUCCCUGAGGUUUAGGGAGGUCUGGCCUCCCAGGGUGUCAGGGCCGGUGGCCCAGGAGAGCUGUACCCAGGCUAUUGCAAAGGGGUCUGGAACCUAGGAGGGAGGUGGGCAGGCAUGGGAGCCCAGGGGCAGGAUGUACGUCUCUACCUCUCCCUACCUUGAUCUUCCACCACCCAGUCACCCCUCUGAGAGGCAAGUGGGGGCACUCGUCUCAGGGCUCAGAGAGGGUAGCAGCUUGUCUGAUGUCUCCCAGCAGAUGUGGGCUCCAAUUCCAGCCCCUCCAGUUCCCUGCAGUUUUGGACUCACCACUGGGAAGUCAAGGCUGAGGGAGGGGAUGGAGGAAAAGGAGCCAGGGGCCAAGAGGGACCCAGGGAACAAGGAGUCCCUCGGGGGGCCCAGGGCACCAGGAACAGCCCUCGCCUCUCCCCCCCAUUCCAGUAGGAAAGCACACCCGUGGGUGAGUCACCCUGCUGAUGUUAGAGGAGACUUGGGGUGAUUCAGACAGGCAGUGGGGGCCAUGGGAGAGCAAAGCCUUCCUCCUCGAGGACCCUCCAGUGGGCCCCCGUUUUCUCUGCUGGUAUCUGUUGCUGCCCCCAGGGUGCCCUUCAGUGAUACAGUGAGGAUGGUGUUGGCAGCCGCUGAGGCAGGGCUGGGAGCCUGUGAGGGGAUCCGGGAACGGGUGUCCAGUGAACCUGCCGCAGCUCCCUUCCCGCUGGGGAGCCUCACCCCCAGCCCAGCGGCGCAGCAGCCCCCCAUCUGGUGUGCUGCCACCUGCCUCCCCCUGAGGCACACGGGGCAGCCAGCACUGAGGUUGGGUUUUUAUUGGAGGAUGAACAUAAAUAAAAAACAACGGCGCCUGACGGGAGAGAACGGGGUGCUAUUUACAAAUGUACAGCGUGGGUCCCCGGGGCUCAGAGGAGGGCGAGCAGGGCCACGAGGACUGAGAGGAGCACAGGGGCCGCCAGGCAGGGCACAGAGUUCGCAGUGGGCGGCUUCUGGCCCCGGGGCCCCCGCGUCUGGGCACCCGGCUCAGCCUGUUGGAACCGUAGUUCCGGGAUGAUCUGACGGAGCCAGGCAUGGUGGGAGGUAACGCGGAUGUAGACGCCUGGGCGGUUCCGGCGGGCGCAGCCCUCGCCCCAGCUGAUCACCCCAGCCUGCAGCCAUGACUGGCCCACCAGGCAUACGAGGGGUCCCCCUGAGUCGCCCUGUGGGAGAAGCAGGGGCACAGUCAGAGCCCACGGGCCCAGGAGCCAGCCUCUGCGGCACCCAGGUUCACACACACACACGCGGCCUUCCCUUGUCCCUCUCAGCUCCAGGAGCGUGCCUGCCCGGGACCCCCAGCCCACCACCCGCUGGCUGGUCCUUCCUUUUCUGCUCUGGGGUGCCCAUUUCCCUAGCACCCCCAGACUGCCUGUCCUGAUUCACCUACGAGGGGCUCUUGGAGGUUCCUGGCCCCACUGCAGACCUUACUAAACUGGACGACAGUGCUGGGUGGGGCCUGGGAGUCCGCUUCCCAGCUGCUGAAAUGCCAGGCUCUGGUGUGGACCACGGCCCGCCUGCGGGGGCCUCCUGGGCCUGGCCACGCUGGCUCCCACCUCCACGGGGGCCAGGGGAGCAGGGCUCGGGCCCCUACCUUGCAGGCGUCCUUCUUGCCCUCGGCGAAGCCGGCGCACAGCAUGUCGUCCUUGAUGGCUUUGGGCUGGAAGCCAGACUCGGCAUCUUUGCUAUAGAGCAGGUUGCACCUGGGUGUGUCGAUGAUGGGCACGGCGAGCUUCUGCAGG